AUGAGUUUCUCCGAGCUGGGUGGAGGCGCUUACCCGCCUGGCACGACAUGUGCUCGCCCGCCACAAGAGCUGCCACCAGAGGUGCCAGCUAUGCAGGAAGACACCUUAGACUACAUGAAGCCUGCGGAGGAAGCGCAUUACAACUUCCGAAACCUCCCGCUGGAAAUCUUCGACCAUGCAGAGGACUUCGAAGUCAAGACUCCGCAGGAGUGGAUGGCGGAGGUCCAAAAGGACGACCGCAGACCACAGGCAUGCGUUGUACACUACAAAGCCAAGAAAUGGAUCAUGGCUCCAUGCUGGGUCCUCCGCUAUGAAGAGGCCAUCAACAGAUAUAUUGUGGAAAUGGAGGAUGCUUCUCAAAAGAAAGUGAAGCGCCUUUCUCUCCGUUUCAACGCCGAAGAUCCGGCCAACUUUGAAAAGCGAGUAGAGACGUGCAGAGGGCGCAAGGCCUGGUGCGAACUCCAAGAGGCUUUUAUAGACUACAUCGAGCACAAGGAUGACAAGCUCGUCACCCCAUUUUCACGCUCGAUGAAGGAAUUCUUCAUCAGAUCUUGUCUUGAGAAGUGCAGCCUCGACGAGCCGAACAGCCAUGCCAGCACCAUCCGUGAGCUCAUGGCAGAAGUCGAUGCGAAUUACAUGCUCGCGAUGAAGCUGUUCAACGUCAAGGUAGAGCUGAUACCGCUCAUGAGCACCAAGGAAGCUUACCUUCCUGACGAGUCGAACACCUUCUCUUUGAAGUUUGCGCCCGUGAUGCAGAGCUUCCUGCCAUCGCCAUGUCCAGAAUCUGGUCUUGUGGAACAUGCGAGACCAGAGAUGCGCGUCCAGCAGCUCGUGGCAGAGAUGCGGCAGAUGCCUCUCCUGGGCAGCAGCAUCUUUGCCAUCACCUGCCAGGUGUGGCGCCGAUACAUCAACGAGGUUGCUAGAAUGGAGCUGGUAGACACCACACGCGUAGGGGGCGUGGAUGUGACCCGACAAAGAAAGCUCAUCAAGAAAGCCGAUUCGAUCAUCUUCGAGCCGCAGGACAUGUUCGAGCACCAGAAGAGCCACAUUGAAAGAAUAACGAACCACCUGAAGCGAGGGUGGCGCGACUACAUCAUUGCAGAGGUCUUGGAUAAGCUGUCCGACGACUACAAUUUCUUUAGCGAUGAUACAGAGAAGCACAUGCAGAGCCCUUUGCAUGCAUUGCUCCGAAAAUUAGAUCUCAUCAUCAACUCGCAGCUUCGCUGGUUUGUCCAGAAUUCAAUGGAGAGUUGGUGCAACUUUCUGAACAGCUUCGUACCGGAUCCAAAGACGAAGCGGCCCAUGCCGUUGAUCUACCUUGACAUCGAGGCUGACAACGACGAAAUCUACCUCGAGCCAGAACCACAGGACUUCCUCAACGAAUUCGAGAGCAUGCUCCGAGAUGCCACUAAGAGUGUUAGCAUCGUGAAAACCAUGGAAGCCGAGCUCAUGCCCUUCACGAAUAUUGAAGAGAAAGUCUUGUACACCCCGGAGUGCAGCCCUGAUGGCGACGAUGUCGAGUACCAACCGUGGCCUGGCAUGGCCACGGGCGUUGACUUCCGCAGCAACUUCCAGAAGCGCUUCGCUGCUCUUCAGGAGAAGCUUGCGCAGGCCAGCGAGCGCAGCGAGCGCUCCGUGGGUGCCAAGGUCCUGGUGGCAGUCCUUUUUCCUUGCCCUUCUGAGGAAGUACGAGAGAAGCUGCUGGCAAAAGCCGUUGCUGCCGGUCGACU